AGUCGAGAGCGGUAACAUGGCAUGGCCAUCCGAUGCUUCGCUUGAUGCUGUCCUGCGCCACCAAAACCCAGUACAGCUCGUGACUCCUAUGCGAUAUUGAACGAAGCUUGAAUUGAUCUAAGGACCGAUUCUCGGAGGAAGAAGGGAGACGCCAAAGCCAAUUACAAUGCAUCCUUUCCAAUCUAUCCGAUGUCCUGGUCAAUAUCCUGGUCAAUGCAGCCAGCAGACAUAGAUUCACAGUUUGUCGGGCGCGUAGUUACGCCACGAAUUGAUCGUCUGGUUCACUUGCUCCGUCUGCUCCAGAAUUCUUUUGACUCACCGCCAGCAUUACAGCUUUCUUCAAAUUCUUUCAGCUUUCGUCUUUUCCUUUCUUCAGUCCACAUCUCUAUCCUAACAUUCCCUUCGACUCCUCCCGAAUUCAUCAAUUUCUAGUCUCGUUUCUCUAAUCCCCACGCGCAACGCACUCACCAUCAUGGCUGAUAUCACCCCCGCCAUUGAGCAAGGACAAAUCGUCAGUGAUGACGUUCGCGUCAUCGGCUACGACCCUCUCAUCCCUCCCGCUCUCCUCGGCACCGAAAUCCCCGCCACCCCCCAAAACGUCACCACCGUCCUCAAAGGCCGCCGCGACGCUAUCUCCAUCAUCACCCAGCAAUCCGACCGCCUCCUCGUCAUGGUCGGCCCCUGCUCCAUCCACGACCCCACCACCGCCCUCGAAUACUGCCGCCAGCUCAAAUCCCUCGCCGACGACCUCUCCCAAGACCUCGUCAUCAUCAUGCGCGCCUACCUCGAGAAACCCCGCACCACCGUCGGCUGGAAAGGCCUCAUCAAUGACCCGGACAUCGACGAGUCCUUCAAAAUCAACAAGGGCCUCCGCGUCUCCCGCCAGCUCUUCGUCGACCUCACUGCCACCGGCAUGCCCAUCGCCUCCGAGAUGCUCGACACCAUCUCCCCCCAGUUCCUAGCCGACCUCAUCUCGCUCGGCGCCAUCGGUGCCCGCACCACCGAGUCGCAGCUGCACCGCGAACUCGCCUCGGGCUUGUCGUUCCCUAUGGGCUUCAAGAACGGCACUGACGGCGGGUUGACGGUGGCGAUCGACGCGAUCGGCGCGGCGAAGGCAAGACAUCAUUUCAUGGGCGUCACGAAGCAGGGGUUGGCAGCCAUCACGCGGACGUCGGGGAACGAGCACUGUUUCGUGAUCUUGCGGGGCGGGACGGGGGGGACGAACUACGAUGCGGCGAACGUGAAGAAGGUCAGGGAAGCGUUGCGGAAGAAGGGGUUGCCGGAGGUGAUGAUGGUCGACUGUUCGCAUGGAAACUCCUUAAAAGACCACAACAACCAACCCAAAGUCGCGCACACCAUCGCCGAGCAACUCCGCGCCGGCGAGACCGCCAUCGUUGGCGUCAUGCUCGAAUCCAACAUCAAUGCCGGCAAUCAGAAAGUGCCCGCCGAGGGCCCCGCGGGGCUGAAGAAGGGCGUCAGCAUCACGGACGCGUGCAUCGAUUGGGCGACGACAGUGGACGUGUUGAAGGAUCUGGCGGCAGCGGUAAGGGAGCGGAGGAAGAGGGCGCAGGUGAAUGGGAGUUGAGGAGGGGAAAGAGUGGGUGGGGGUUAUGCGAAAUGAGAUGGUUCGGGAAAAGUAUUUGUGUUUCCGGGAGAGGGAGGAUUAAUAGAGGCGUUACAGUGCAGUAUGACUUAUGAAGAGGGAGGGUGAC